AUGGGACUCCAAACGUUGAUCCUACUCCCGGCUGCAUUUAUCUUCCUUGGUGGCGUUUUCGGUAAGUCCGGUCUCUUAAUCCACUGCUUUGCGAUUCCCCUAUCUUGCAUCUUCAUCCCACAGUCCAAAGUUUGAUGUCAUGCAUCCCGUUCCAUGUUUGGCAUUGCAAAAACGCGCAUGAGGACGUCCUAUAUUGUUGCUGGAAUUUCGCUAACGAUAUUUGUGGGCACAAUCUCCAAUCUCACCCCAGUUUGGUUCUAACUUGCAACUUCAUCUUUCCUGCUUUUAGCACGCGCCGACGGACCAUCCGAUUAUAAAUUGUGCAAAGGUGAACAUACAGAGUGUACGACUAUAAACUUCAAGCCUGGAGAUCAGACCAAAGGCCAGCACUGUCGCACGGCCUGUUCACAGAAAAUAGGUCUGUAUAUUUAAUCCAUGCAUGCCUCCUUCUGAAUGUCAAUGAAGUCUGAGUAUACUGCACAUAUUUUCAGAUUCCUGAUCGACGCGGCCAUAUAGUUCAGCAGUCAUCAACCUCUUUCUUGUCCUUUAGGGGGCUUAAGCGAGAAAAUCACAGCCUACUACUGUGAAACUCCUGAAGAGCCCUGCACCUUGUAG